CAAUCUGUAUAUAUAUAACUAUAACUAUACAUAUACAUACACAUACAUAUAUUUACAUACACAAACACUUCUUGUUAACCAAAAAAGUAAUAAAUAAUGAGUGCAUUAAAUUCACAUGCUGUGCUAGUUGAUCUAAACACCUCAUGGCAAACACUAAACCAAACAUUUGCAUAUAUACAUACACCAAAAUUCAAAACAUCUUUCUCUGCGGCAUUUCGUCGAACACGUGGUGGACGGAUUUCGGCAUCAUCAUCAAUACCUUCAAUCCGGUCGCCGGAAUCACGUAGACCGAGAGAUCGUGCAUCAUUUGGAAAUGGGUCGGUGUCAAAUUCAAUACCCAGUUCGGAAAUUCAAGAAAGAUCGGAGCUUGAUAUGUUUCUUGAAUUGGUGCCAAUGAGAAUGAGGAACAAGCUGUUUGGGCAUUCAGAAAUUGGGAAAAUGAUUGAAGUUGUGAUGGAUUUGGGGAGACAACCAAUUGCUAGAUUUCCAUCUGGUGAUUGGGUUAUUUCUGAGGAUCCUGUUCAACUUGAAGAUUUGCAUCAUGCUAUUUCAAAGGUUGGCGAAUUUUCGGAUGACAACCGCUCAGGCAUUGAUCAUUCUCUUCACCGAAUAAGUGCCAUUCGCAAUCGUAAAAGGCAAAUAAUAGGCCUCACAUGCCGGGUGGGUCGAGCUGUAUCUGGUAGUGCAGAAAUUAUUCGUGAUUUGGUUGAAGGCGGAGGUUCCAUUUUAGUUAUAGGACCACCUGGAGUUGGCAAAACAACGUUAAUCAGAGAAAUUGCUAGAAUGUUGGCAGAUGAGCGAAAGAAACGUGUUGUCAUUAUAGAUACCUCCAAUGAGAUAGGAGGUGAUGGGGAUGUUCCUCAUUCUGGUAUAGGUCGUGCAAGAAGGAUGCAAGUUCCGAACGUUAACAUGCAACACAAUGUGAUGAUUGAAGCAGUUGAAAAUCAUAUGCCUCAGACUAUUAUAAUUGAUGAGAUUGGGACAGAACUUGAGGCUUUGGCUGCCAGUACAAUUGCUCAAAGAGGAGUUCAACUCGUUGCAACUGCACAUGGAGUAACAAUAGAAAGCAUUAUAAAAAACCCCUCUCUACAAAUUCUUGUUGGCGGCAUCGAGAGUGUUACUCUUGGUGAUGAUGAAGCGAGAAAAAGGAAAGUACAGAAGACAAUACUUGAGAGGAAAGGGCCUCCUACAUUUUCAUGUGCUGUUGAAAUGAUAUCUAGGACAGAGUGUUCUGUUCAUCAUAGAUUGGAUGCUACUGUAGAUGCUAUACUUGCAGGUAAAUCUCCGUUGUAUGAAGUCCGUCGCAUGGAUGCUGAAGUGGAAAGAUCCUUGAAUGGUUCCCAGCCCGAUAAGGAAUCCUCACUGCUUGAGAUAUUAAAUGAGGACAAUCUGCUAGAUGAGGAUGAUCUACUAGAUGAGGAUGAUCUGCUAGAUGAAGAUGAUCUGCUAGAUGGGGAAGAUAAAGAACUUUCUUCUUAUUUUGAGAAAUUUAGCCGUGAUGAAGACCACAAGAUAACUAAGCAGGUGAAUGUACAGACUGUUUCUACACCAAAAAUGUACAAGUUGGAUACGGCGGAUAUUAUACAAGGAGUUAAGGAGGAUAUCUAUUCUGAUGUGGAAGAUGAAGAACAUUCAUCUAAUCUCAGAGAAUUGAGCACUAAACAACAAAGCAGAAAAAACACCCCGGUUUAUGUUUAUACUUAUAAGAUAUUGGAGGCUGACCUACUACAAGUAGCAAUGGUGAUGGGGCUUACAGAGGAAAUUGAUGUAACUGAUGAUAUUAGUAAUGCGGAUGCUAUAUUAGCAUCCAGUUAUGAAAUGAAGGAGAAUCCCUGGAUUCGCAGUGUAGCUAAAUUUCAUCAUUUGCCAGUAUUUGUCAUCAAGUCAACUACCAUGGCUCAGAUGGUCAAAGCUAUACGCAUGAUCCUGGGUAGGGACUCAUUUGGUGCCAUGUCAAAGCAACUCAGAAAAAGCUCUGCAGAUAUAGAGAUUGAAGAUGAUGUUCCAAGAAGAAAACCAUCAUUAGAAGAGAUAGAUGCCUUGGAGGAAGUUCGACUUGCAAUUGAGUAUAUCGUGAUUCCAAGUGGCGAACCCGUGGAGCUUCUCCCAAGAUGCUCUGAGAUUAUUGCUCAACAACUUGAGCUUGUUAAAAGUUAUCACUUGGCCGUAGAAAACUCAGGCACCGACCUUAAUCCAAGGCUACAGAUUCUGCCGCAGAAGUUGAACAAGAAAUCAUCAAAACUCCCUAAACCAAGCUCGAUUUCACAAAGCAGCACAAGACCCAACUCACCUCCUACUGGUGGCAUUGCAGGUACAAGUGUUCCUAGGCUGCCAUUUCUGCCUGAAUAGUGUUAAGUCUGAUUUGAUAACUUGUUUCAUCACUUCAUGUACAGUCAUUUAAAUCAUGACCUGUCUGUGUAUGACCCUAGUGAUCAAAGCUUAGGUUUUGGGUGGAAAUUCUUUGUAUCUAGUAUUGUUGGUCACUCAAAGCUUUGACCAACCAUCCCCGUUCUCCGUGGGUCAUGUUUGUUGUUUGUAUAUUAUUGUAACUAUAUACAAUUUUAAUCUUACUUUUAUAUUAUAUAAAGGAAAAAAUUGUAGAAA